AUGUGGCAGCCUAAUAGAGUUUACCCAGGAUCGGAUCCACUCUUUGCGUCUGUGGACUACACCUCUCCGUUCUUCGUGGCCUUUCUCCGCUGGAGAUCUAUUGGCGGAUUGGAUUGUCUGACUGACUACAACCUUUUUGUAUACGAUGCUGCCGGUGUUGCGGUUAAAGAAAGUUGUGCAGAUUUGGUUCCCACUCCCACUAUUUUAUUGUCCCCUGGGUACAUCAAUGUAGCUACACCUGUUACAGUACGCUGUGAGUCACCAAAAGGCACAGAGUGCAAAUUCUACAAAGAUCACGACCCCAACCCUAUAAGGAAACUGGAAUACAAGCAGGGUGCUUGCCAGUUCAAGUUGUUCUGGAAUGAGUUCAAAAGGUGGAAGAAGACUGAAGUAGAUCUCAGCUGUGUAAUUCUACAGAACAGAGAAGAUGAAACGAUCAAAACCUCAAAACGUAGUGAUGCUCGAAGACUUAAUGUGGGUGAUCCAAUUGGAAAGCCCAGUGUUCAUGUGUUGAAGAUUGGGAAAUACCUCAAUCUUCGAUGUGAGGCCAAGGCUGGCACCUCUUGCUACUUUUAUCUGAACAAUGGUGACUCACACUUUAAAAAACUACCCUACAAAGACAAUGUCUGUUUGGGGAGAGUGACAGAAGAGGAACUGCAGAGGAAGAGGAGCAGUGCUGGAGAGAUCUUCAUCACCUGUGCUGUGGAGCUGGUGGUAGAGGGUGAAGAUACUGUGACAUCACAGCAUAGUGAACCCCUCGGUAUCACCAUAGAUGUUAUAAAUCCUCCAGGAGCUACUAGUUCCCCAUCAACGUUCAGUUUAAUCAUAACUGGUCAGGAGAAGACAAGCAGCAAUGUCACACCCCAAGGAAAAGGUACAAGGUUCCACGUCGUCAUCAGUCUGGGUACUUGUUCCCUUUUCCUGGUUCUUCUAGCUGGGUGUGUGCUGUGUGUUCUCCAACGCAAGUGUGGGGUUCAAGGCAGGCCUGUAAAUACUGGAAGCCCACCUGAACAGCAAGACCAAACCCCACCAUGUGUCUAUUCUGUAAUCACAAAGCCUUCUAAGGAUGAGGAAGAGGACACUAGUCUGCAAUACGCUACAGUGACAUAUACCGGUGACCGAGCUAGUCAUCAAUAUGCAACAGUGACAUCUACCGGUAACCAAGUUGAACCUGGGCGCACCAAGAUCAAGUUUGAAAUAGCUGGAGAGUACGCCCUCUUAGCAGAAUCAUAGAAGAAGAAACAUUUACUGGAUAACAUGUUUGCCAUAGUUUACAGUUACAAUCCUAUAUUUUGUUUUCAUAUUGGACCAUAAUUUACUCAUAGUACAAAAACAAAUCCUGCCACAACAUCAAAUACUAAAGAUAUCUACUCCUUUCUGAAAACAAGCAUCUUCAACUAUUUGCAUUUUAGGUUCAAUGAAAUAAAUGAAAAGUACACUGUCUGAAACAUAAAAUAAAUAUUUUCCUUAAUUGAGUUACCCAAUCUAGUCAGCAGUCACCAAUCUAUUUCACUCCUUGACAAGAGUCAAUAUAGACUAAAAGCCACAAGAGGGUAGAAUACAUGUCAAACUUUGCUUGUUACAUCUCUACAUCUCUCUCUACAUCUCUCUCUUUAACCAUGUCUGGUGUAUAUUAGUUUUCAGUGGUGGAAAAAGUACUCAACAAACAUACUUAAGUAAAAGUAAAGAUACCUUCAUAGAAAAUGACUCAAGUAAUAGUAAAAAUCACCCAGUAAAAUUCUACUUGUGUAAAAGUCUAUAAGUAUUUGAUUUAAAAUAUACUUCAGCAUCAAAAGUGAAUGUAUAACUCCUUUCAAAUUCCUUAUAUUAAGCAAACCAGAAUGCACAAUUUUCUUUUUUUACAGAAGGCCAGGGGCACACUCCACCACUCAGCCAUCAGUUACAAACAAAUCAUGUCAGUUCAGUGAGUCCGCCAGAUCAGAGGCAGUAGGGAUGACAAGGGAUGUUUGGUUGAUAAGUGUGUGAAUUUUACCAACAGGUCCUGUGUAUAUUUCUAAAAACAUUUUCGAGAGCAUGUGAAGAUAGUCGUCCCCGAAAGCAUUUCUCAUUUCCAUAUAUCCUGUUUCACUCCUCUCUCUGCAUUAUACAUAAUAACAGGUGGCAGGUUUAAGGAACUCUUAACCGUGAUCCAAUGAAUGUGCUGCUGGUGCCUUGUGUGAGUUAUGUAUUAUUCAUAAUAUCAUUAUUGUACUGUAUAAUAAAAUGUUAAAUAAUUGACUUCCAUAACAAUAUCCCUAGUUGUACUUUUGGUCGGAAUGACAAUGAACGACAUUUCUUGUCGUCUCUCUUGACCUACAGUUAACAGAUGCAGGUGAGUUUCUCCCCUUCUCUUGCUUGUUUUGUCAUUCAACAUUAGGGAUGUACUUGUGUGAUUUGCAUGGUAAUCAAAGGCUGGGAAAUAAAUGUUGCGCUCUAAAGAAGGGACUAAUCUUGCAUGUUGAAUUUGUUUUAGAACGGACACAAAUCGUUGUUUUUUUCACUACGAUGGUAUCAAACCUAUCUUUCCUCAACUACCUCUCUCUUUCCUCAACUACCUCUCUCUUUCCUCAACUACCUCUCUCUUUCCUCAACUACCUCUCUCUUUCCUCAACUACCUCUCUCUUUCCUCAACUACCUCUCUCUUUCCUCAACUACCUCUCUCUUUCCUCAACUACCUCUCUCUUUCCUCAACUACCUCUCUCUUUCCUCAACUACCUCUCUCUUUCCUCAACUACCUCUCUCUUUCCUCAACUACCUCUCUCUUUCCUCAACUACCUCUCUCUUUCCUCAACUACCUCUCUCUUUCCUCAACUACCUCUCUCUUUCCUCA